UAUUGUUUUGGUGCGACACGGGCGCAGUUCACCGCGGACCUAUCAGCGUCCUCUCCACCCCCCCCCUCCACCGCCACCCACCACCACCAUGUCUGCAGGGCAGAGUCUGGUCUGCCUCCUUCCGUCCAUCCUUCAAUCCGCGUCCAUCUUCGUCGGCCGUUUUGCUGAUGGGAGUUGGAGCUGCGUCCAUUGCCUCAACAUACUCUGAGACUGCAUCUUCAUCCACCUCUCUAAAGACAGUCCCUUCGCACUCCGCACAGUGAUUGUUCUCAAAGUACAUCCUGUCAGUCGGCUUUUAUUAAAUGGAACGUCAUUGAAUGCAGUGCUCUUAGAACUUUAGUUCUCUUGGUCAUCGCGUCUCACAUUUCGACGCCGUACAGCGACCAAUGGAAAGAGAUCAAGAGUACGUGCCAGAGAGCGAGAUGGCUGACGAUGCUUUGCUAUUGGCUAAUGGCGACAGUGGUGAAGGCAUCGAGCCUGGGUUGCUGGAGUCAUUCGGCCUCUCUGAGGAGGAUGUAACUGAGCUCUGCCGUUAUCCCCCUGACAAGCUAACACCCGAAAACCUGCCCAACCUCCUUGAGGAGUUCUGCAGAAGAAGGGACCUAAGGCAAAAGCAGCCACAGCAUGUGGAAAUGGUGCAAGUUCAGGGGUACCAACGUCCACAGCAGGUGCUUCAGGUCCUGUGUGAAGUGGAUGUAGAUGUACCUGAAUUAGUGCUACCUGCGCAGCAGCAACAUCAACAGCAUUAUCCCCCUCCCCCCAGUCCCGAGAGCUUGCAACAGCAGCAUAAUCACCCUCCCCCCAUGCCUCAGAGCCUGCAACAGCAGCAUAAUCACCCUCUCCCCAUGCCUCAGAGCCUGCAACAGCAGCAUAGUCACCCUCCCCCCAUGCCUCAGAGCCUGCAACAGCAGCAUAGUCACCCUCCCCCCAUGCCUCAGAGCCUGCAACAGCAGCAUAAUCACCCUCCCCCCAUGCCUCAGAGCUUUCAACAGCAGCAUAAUUACCCUCCCCCCAUGCCUCACAGCCUGCAACAGCAGCAUAGUCACCCUCCCCCCAUGCCUCAGAGCUUGCAACAGCAGCAUAAUUACCCUCCCCCCAUGCCUCACAGCAUGCAACAGCAGCAUAAUCACCCUCCCCCCAUGCCUCAGAGCUUGCAACAGCAGCAUAAUUACCCUCCCCCCAUGCCUCAGAGCCUGCAACAGCAGCAUAAUCACCCUCCCCCCAUGCCUCAGAACCUGCAACAGCAGCAUAAUCACCCUCCCCCCAUGCCUCAGAGCUUGCAACAGCAGCAUAAUUACCCUCCCCCCAUGCCUCAGAGCCUGCAACAGCAGCAUAAUCACCCUCCCCCCAUGCCUCAGAGCUUGCAACAGCAGCAUCACCUCGCCAUGCCUCCGAGCUUGCAACAGCAGCAUCAUUACCCUCCCUCCAUGCCUCAGAGCCUGCAACGGCAGCAAUCUUCCUUUCCCUCGAUGCCUCCGAGCUUGGAAAAUCAGCAGCAGCAUAGCUUUAAGCCUCACCACUCACAACAGCAGCUUCAGCCUACUUCUCACAACUUACAGAAGCCGUUUCCAAUGGGACAGGGCCCAGAGGGACCACCGCCAUUCCAGAGCACGAAUAAGCCCCCAUACGAGGCUCAGUGUAACUCAUUUCAGGGACCCUGGAAACCGGGAGUUACCUCAGCGACAUCCACCAUUCCUCCUAAAAACGACUCGUGGCCCAAAGUUGGGCAUAGGAAAGUUCUGCUAGAGACCCCUCCGGCACCUGUUGCCUGUGAACCAAAAUUCAUGAAAAGAAGCUUCCCGGUGUGGGCGGAACUAAGUUGCUACGUGGGAAAUUACAUCAACAACGGAAGAGAGAAGCACUGCAGCAUUUGCAACGUGGAACUAGCCAGCGAGCAGGAAUUGAAAGCUCACAAGGAUUCAGAACGACACAGAAAUUACUCGUUUUUGUUUUCCAAUCGGUUUGUUCAGGAGUGCCGCAAUGCCAUGAGCAAACAGGACCUGGGCAGGAGCACUAGCAGGGAGCAUCCCGGUGACUGGAAAAGGAGCACUAGCAGGGAGCGUCCCGGUGGCUGGAACAGGAGCAGUAGCAGGGAGCGUCCCGGUGGCUGGAACAGGAGCACUAGCAGGGAGCGUCCCGGUGGCUGGAACAGGAGCACUAGCAGGGAGCGUCCCGGUGGCUGGAACAGGAGCACUAGCAGGGAGCGUCCCGGUGACUGGAGAAGGAGCAGUAGCAGGGAGUGUCCCGAUGGCUGGAACAGGAGCAGGGAGCAACCCAGUGGCCGAAAAAGGAGCCGGAGCCGGAGCAGGAGCAGGAGCCGGAGCAGUAGCUGGAGCAAGGAGACACAGCAGGGCUUCAACAAAAGUCGAGAUAUGAAGAGGUCAAGAAGCUCCAACAGGAGCAGAGAGAUGACUGUGGGCUCCCCAAGAAGCACAAGCUGGGAGAGGAGCUGUGAAAAGAUCUUGAGCAGCGGUAAGGGGAGAAGAGAGACUUCAAGUUCCAUUAAGGACAAGUUCUCCAGGACAGAAUGCUUCAAAGAAUCUGAGAGAGAUGCAAAGCGAGAUGCAAUUAGUAAUAGGGACCUUCAUACGAAGGGAGGGCCGGGUGCCAUGAAAGACCUGGAUAAGAGGAGAGGCAGAAUCAUUGAGGGAGACUCAAAGACAAAAAAGGACACCAUGAAAGUCUCGGAUACAAGAUGUGUAGAUAAGAGGGAUUCCGAUACAAAAAAAUACAUGUACACCAAGAAAGGCUCUAAUUCAAAAAGCGUUGCUAGUAGGUGGGAUUGGUAUGCAAACACAAAUAAAGUCUCAGAUACAAGACGUACGGGUGAUAAGAUGGAUUCCGGCACAAAUAAAUACGGUGACAUCAAGAAAUUAUCAAAUACAAGAAGUACAGAUGCAAAGAUGAAUUCAUGUGCGGAGAGAGCUGCUGACACCAAGAACGUCUCAGAUAGAAGAAGUACGGAUGAUAAUCAGGGUUCAGCUACAAAGAAAGAUGCUGACACCAUGAAAGUCUCGGAUACAAGAAGUGUAGAUUGGAGGGAUUACAAUAGCAAAAAAUACAUGUACACCAAGAAAGGCUCUAAUUCAAAAAGCGUAGCUAGUAAGUGGGAUUGGUAUGCAAACACAAAUAAAGUCUCGGAUACAAGACGUACGGAUUAUAAGAUGGAUUCCGGUACAAAUAAAUACGGUGACACCAAGAAAAUCUCAAAUACAAGAAGUACGGCUGCAAAGAUGAAUUCAUGUGCGGAGAGAGCUGCUGACACUAAGAAAGUCUCAGAUAGAAGAAGUACGGAUAAGAGGGAUUCGGAUACAAAGAAAGACUCUGACACCAAGAAAAUCUCGGAUACAAGAAGUGUAGAUUGGAGGGAUUACGAUACAAAAAAAUACGUGUACACCAAGAAAGGCUCAGCUUCAAGAAAUGGAGAUGAUAAGAGAGAUUCGUUUGCAGAGAAAAAUGAUGACACAAAUAAAGUAUCGGAUUCAAGAAGUGUAGAUGAUCAGAGGGACUCAAGUACAAAGAAAGACACAGACGUGAAGCAGGAUUCAGAUACCAAGAGUGAUGCAGGGGAUUUGAGUGAGCAGACAUCCAAGAGUAACAUCCGUGAGAGAGAAGAGACUCCAGCAAUAUGUGCGGCCACAGAAGAGCAGAUCAGCGGUGUUGGUGGAAUGACUGCUGAGAACACGGAGAAGACCUGGUUUCCCCUGAGCAUGGAGAACAUGGUAACCCUGGACGAGGUAACAGAGGAUGAAGUGCCACAACAAGACAAAAAAGGUGCUUGUCUGCUCAUGGAAAGGAAUUGGCAUGGAAAGGGAAAUUCAGCAAAGGAAAAGGUAAAGAAAUGCGUGACUGGAAAGAAGGACCAGGAACAAGACGAGAUGAUGACACUAGUGCAGAUGACAGAAGAAAGGACAGCAGCUGGCAAUGUGGAACUGGAAACGCACGAAGGUGGAAUUGAGGUUUUGGUUGAGCGGGAAGGGGGUUCUGUCCGGCCACAAAGCAGCAAUGAUGCAGACCCAGAAAACACGCGGGCCGGCGACGAGAGAGCCACAACGGUGACUUCAUUGACAGAAGACGAGGCAACGCCAAGCAGAGUGAUGGCGGGAAGGCAGCCGUCUACAAGAGCAGGGAAAGCCAAGGAGAAGGAGGGGAGGCAGGAGGAAGGAGGAAAGCAUGAGGCAGCAAAGGACGAGGCACCGACAGAGAUGGAGGGAACAGCGAGUGUGUGGGUGACGGUGGAAUCCAACCCGGCCACGCCAGACGAGCAAGCUGGCGAGCAGGGAGACGCAAUGGCGGCGCCAUCAACAAUCAAGGAAGAGGUUCCUUCCGGUGCAACGAGGGAUGAGGAGGAGGAAGUGGAGAGACAGCCGGGAUGUAGAGGGGGCAAGAGGGGCCGGCGCCGCACUGGACGCCAACGAAGCGCGACUCUAAGUGUUCCGUUAAAGGAGCAGGGCAGUCGCAGUCCCGCAGCCAAGAAAUCCCGGGUGGAGAUGGUGGCACCAACAUCCAGGAUCACCCGGUCCAGAGUACGAAAAGACGCAAGUGUUGACAUCGGCCUGAAGCAGGGUGAAGAGAAGCUGGCACCCGAUGAAACCAAGAGCCAGAUCGAGGAAACUCCGACACCGGACAGCAGCCAGACCUCUGAGCAGGAGCCUCCUGCCCCAGUCCGUGCCUCUGAACAGGUUGAAGAGAAGGUAGGCGAAGAAGCCAAGAGGCAGGCUGAGGAAGCCCUGAGGCCUGAAGAUGCACGGACCUCGGAGGGGACGGUACCUGGAUCUGAGCAGGGUGAAGAGGAGCCGACAGCCAAGAAAGACAUGAAACAGCCAGAAGAAGACACGAAGCAGCCAGGGGAAGACACUAAGCCACCAGACCAAGACACAAAGCAGGCAGUGGAAGACACUAAGCAGCCAGACCAAGACACAAAGCAGGCAGUAGAAGACACUAAGCAGCCAGACCAAGACACAAAGCAGGCAGUGGAAGACGCGAAGCAGCCAGAGGAAGAGACGAAGCAGUCUGGCGUAGACACAAAGCAGUCUGGCGUAGACACAAAGCAGUCUGGGGUAGACACGAAGCAGUCUGGGGUAGACACGAAGCAGUCUGGGGUAGACACGAAGCAGUCUGGGGUAGACACGAAACAGUCUGGGGUAGACACGAAGCAGCCAGAGGAAGAGACGAAGCAGUCUGUGGUAGACACGAAGCAGUCUGGGGUAGACACAAAGCAGUCUGGGGUAGACACAAAGCAGUCUGGGGAAGACACAAAGCAGCCUGGCGUAGACACAAAGCAGUCUGGGGUAGACACAAAGCAGUCUGGCGUAGACACAAAGCAGUCUGGCGUAGACACAAAGCGGUCUGGGGUAGACACAAAGUCUGGGGAAGACACAAAGCAGUCUGGGGUAGACACGAAGCAGUCUGUGGUAGACACAAAGCAGUCUGGCGUAGACACAAAGCAGUCUGACGUAGACACAAAGCAGUCUGGGGAAGACACAAAACAGUCUGGGGAAGACACAAAGCAGCCUGGCGUAGACACAAAGCAGUCUGGGGAAGACACAAAGCAGUCUGGGGAAGACACGAAGCAGUCUGGGGUAGACACGAAGCAGUCUGUGGUAGACACAAAGCAGUCUGGCGUAGACACAAAGCGGUCUGGGGUAGACACAAAACAGUCUGGGGAAGACACAAAGCAGCCUGGCGUAGACACAAAGCAGUCUGGGGAAGACACAAAGCAGCCUGGCGUAGACACAAAGCAGCCUGGCGUAGACACAAAGCAGCCUGGCGUAGACACAAAGCAGCCUGGCGUAGACACAAAGCAGUCUGGCGUAGACACAAAGCAGUCUGGCGUGGACACAAAGCAGUCUGGGGUAGACACAAAACAGCCUGGGGAAAACACAAAGCAGCCUGGCAUAGACACAAAGCAGUUUGGGGUAGACACAAAACAGUCUGGGGAAGACACGAAGCAGUCUGGCGUGGACACAAAGCAGCCAAAGGAAGAUCACAUGCCAAAAGAUGCCAAGGCCUCAGAAGGAGAGCUUUCUAAGGAGGAGCCGGCAGCUGAGAAGUCCAGGGUCCAGGUAGAGGAUGCGAGGAUGCCGAAAGAUGCUCCGAGUUCGGAGAGGCAGUCUCCCGGCACUGAGCAUCAUGAAGGGGAUAGUCCGCCAGUCAAUGAAGCCAGAAGCCAGGCAAAUGAAAUGGGGCCGUCUGAGCACAAAAACACCCCGCAGCAGGACCCUCCUGGCUGGGAGUACAUCACCCGCAGCUUCUACUGCAAGCUCUGCUGCAUCCUCUCCACCAAUAGUGAAGUUGCCAAGAUUAAGCACUGCAGAAGCACCCAGCACCACCUGAACUACCAGAAAUACAUGGAGGAGAAGGCGGAGAGUGAACUGUGCAAGGCGACUGGCGAGGGAAAGUGACUGCGAUGCCACGAUUGUGGCUUGCAUCUGGAACAAUGAUAUCCUGUGACUGUGAAACUCCUCCAUAGAAGCGAUUUGUCAUGGGCAUGUGGCAAAAUAUAAAGUUAACCUGCUGAUGACAGCUUACACGCAAUUGGGUGGUGGUGCACUGGUGUGGAAACAGGCUGAGAGCAUGAUACAACCGUCAUUCUGUUUAUUAAUAUCAGUGAUGUACAGCAGAGUCCUGCACAGGUGUAACUUAUUGACCUGCAUCCUAACCCAAAACUGUAACAAAUAUUCAGUAAUUUACAUCUGGUUAUAUUCUCGCGGUGUUUGAGCACCAACAUCCAUUAAAUCUAAAAGGCCUCCGUGCCUGAAGACGACCUAUUGGCAGGAGCUAACCACACCUGGCGUAUAGUACUUUGCCAAUAGUAUACUUACAAUGUUACUUUGAGUCAGAUGUUUAAAUGAAAGUGAAAAUGUACAUUUCAAGUUUGAAAAGUGUCACCCAAUGUUUAAAGUUCUGUUAUGAAAGCUAAAGUGCCGUGUACAAAAAAAAAGUGUGCUGGUUUGUCGCAGAGGACCUACAAUGAACGUGACCCGCACCCAAAACACAAUAAUACAGACUUUGUUCAGACCCAAAAUAAACCAGCUUGUGGAUCACCCAUGGGCAACUCAAGGGUAUCUGGCCUGAUGCAGAAUUCUAGUAGUGUACAGUUAUGGAUAUUUGUGUAAGAUUGUAAGUUGGACUCUAUACCACACAAGGCAUUGUCAACAUUGUGUAAUGCGUAUGGCAGCAGUGAACACCUCUCGUCUGCACUGUUCACCUGUAGCAGUGUUCCUGCUCUAUUGUUUAUAUAAAAAAAAAAUGUGGUGUGACCGCAAGUAGUCAUUGCAGAUUGUGUUUUACUUUUUUUUUGCUUAAAAGCUCGAAGUGAUACGCAUCUGUUGGAACUGGGAUGUUUGUUAAUGGUUCAAGAAAGCACCAAUGAAACCCUCGCUGCAGCACGGCGAUUUUACGGCAUAACUUGGUAAUGUCUUGGCCAAAAUUUACCUUUCAGCAAAAAGGUCGGAAUUACGCAAAGUUUCUCAUAUUUGAGAGAAUCCCAGCCUGCUGGUCGAGAUGGCAAGUGUAUAAUAGUACAGGUGACUCCCAACUUUGGACGGCUCGACUUGCAACCCCCCACUUUUACGACCUUUCUUAUUGUAAGACCCCCCCCCCCCCCCAUAUUAGAUGAAAACUCGAAUCUUCGACCUCUUCUGUGUCUGAGAAGAGGAAAUGUAAUGGAGAAAAGUAUAAUAUAAGUACAUUUUUAUAUUAUGUUUAAUGACUUUGUAAAAGUUAUGUUAAACUACAAUGUUAGGGUUAUUUUCAUUUACUUUUGUGGUCAAUUUUGGUAUUUUUAUGGUAUGUAAUGGGUUUCCAGAAAUGGAGCCCCAAUUGAUAACAUUGCGACUAUGGGAAAUAAGGGGUUAGACUUAAGACGGGCUCGACUUGCGUCCAGCAACAAAGUAGGCCGUAGGUGUGCCGGGGUUGCCUGUAUAGGACGUUUCUUCCAUGUCGAUGUUUGCAAUUUGAGUGUUCUUUCUCCACACGUGCCGGUUUUCUCCUGGCACGUAUCCCACAUACAAAACACUAAAAGGAAUUGAUUAUCCUAAUGUGAAAAAAACCUGUUGCGAUUUUGUUGAGGCUUUCCAGGACAAAUAAUGACCAUUAUGGCUUGAUUCUUGAUUAUUCAUGACUAGAGUCAAACUCUGCAGUGGCUUAUAACUCACUGUCUUGACAUUUUGAGAAGUAAUUACCAUGCAGGUUGAAUUGCUGAUACUGCUUUUAUGAAAAAAACAUUUGACUACGGUCAUUUGUAAAUGUAUUUUAUCAAGUAGUGAAAAUAGAUUUAUCCCAUCACAAGUUUGUGGUAGAACAUUUGUAUAGAAGCAUGGAAUAAACGUCCAUUACCAGAAACAUUAACUUCUGAAGAUUUUGUCAAAUGGCUUCUUGCAAACUCUCCCCUUCUCAUUUUACAGACAAGCAUCCCCACUUUACCAGAACAUUCCCCAAGUCUUGUUCAUAUAAUUAUAACCCAUCAUUUAUACAGGGUGAUCCGUAAGUAACUACCCAAUUUGUUUUGCCUACAACUUGUAAAAAAAUGAAAAACAAACGCUUAAAUGAUGGAAAACAUUAAUUCAUGGAGAUUCGAUAUAAUUAUGCAUGAAGAAUAAUAUCUUGUAAAUGACCGCCCGCGUUGCAUUGGAAAAUCCGUUCUCUUUCAACGGCCUUUCCCAUCACUUUCUUAUUGACACUCCGUUGCUCAAUAGAAGUCUUGAGAUCUACUGGUUUCGAAGUCUGCCAACACGCUUUGCAUCCACCGUUCCUGAUUCCAGAAAUCGGGAAAUCGCCCGAUGCAGAGUUGGAGCCGUUGGGGUCUUAAAAUAUCUGCUUUAGUCUGAAAUAAUUUAACAAUUAUUUCUGAAAUUCAUUUAAACUAUUCUUGCACGCUGCCGAGAUGCAUACCGGUUCAUAAUAAACUUCCAGGCUUUCUACUUUAUUUCUGUAAAAAAACAAUACUAUUUAAAAUCAGAUCAUGGCACGUGGUUUAAAAUAACUCGUUUUGUUUGCAUUGUCCAUUAAUAUGCUACUUCAGGAUUAAAUUGGGGGCGUCUUAUCAGUUUGUAAUUAAGUAUAUGGGCCUACUUCGUCUAGAUAUUUAUACCUCCUAACUUAUAUUUUUGGUUAAGUCUUUGUGAUUAGCCUUUCCCUCUGGGUAUGUUGCAUCAUGCCAACCUGGGGGUUUUCCAAUAGAAUUAAGUUAAUUUCUCCAUGUCCAUUCGCUCGACUACUUUUGGAAAGUGUUCAUUAUAUUCAUGACCCUGCUGGCUAUGAAUUCGUGUUCCUCACACUAAUGCUACACUUGCCAUUCAGCCUCUCGCAUAUAUUGAAAAACAAGAUAAGGCAGUGUUAAGCACUAUUCCUCAAUGGACAGAAGUACAAUGGUAAAAAAUUGAUAAUGCACAAUUUGAUUUGCACUCUCAAGUACAAAAAUUAUUUUCGCCAGAAUUAAUCGCAUUUCAAGUGCUGAAUAAAAGUAUGUGGCGUUUUUUUCUGUUUCCUUUUCUUUAUGUAAGUCACCCACUUUAUUAAGCACAUCAAAUGUGAGUCAUUUGGAAGUCAAUUGAUUUUCUACUUUAGAGUGCAAACAAAAGUGUGUGCAUUGAAAAGCUUGUUUACACAAGUUGUUUUCAUGACCCUGUAGAUAUGACAAUGAUGGCUUGCCUAUGUCAACCCUUGUACAUAAAAUUGUAAUGACUUGA